AUGGCUCGAACACAUCCCAGCUCCUUCCAACAGUUGGAAAAGCUAGGUGAAGGCACCUAUGCCACGGUUUACAAAGGCCGCAACUGCCAAACUGGGGAGAUGGUGGCGUUGAAGGAGAUUCACCUCGAUUCGGAAGAAGGAACUCCCUCCACGGCGAUCCGAGAAAUCUCCCUGAUGAAGGAACUACACCACGAUAACAUCCUGUCCCUGUAUGAUGUGAUCCACACCGAAAAUAAGCUCAUGUUGGUCUUCGAGUACAUGGACCAAGAUCUGAAGCGAUAUAUGGAUACCCACGGCAACCAUGGGCAGCUGGAACCUGCCGUUAUCAAGUCUUUUGCAUUCCAGCUAUUGCGUGGGGUGGCCUUCUGUCAUGAUAAUCGUAUUCUCCAUCGCGAUCUCAAACCACAAAAUCUGCUAGUCAAUUCCAAAGGACAGCUUAAGCUUGCUGAUUUUGGUCUCGCACGUGCAUUUGGAAUCCCUGUCAAUACCUUCUCUAACGAAGUUGUCACCCUGUGGUAUCGCGCUCCAGACGUGCUUCUGGGCAGCCGCACCUACAACACCAGCAUCGACAUUUGGUCUAUUGGAUGUAUCGUGGCCGAGAUGUUUACCGGACGUGCUCUAUUCCCCGGCACUACUAAUGAGGACCAACUCCAAAGGAUCUUCCGUGUGACGGGAACCCCUACUGAGCGCACCUGGCCGGGAGUCUCGCAGUUUCCUGAGUAUAAAAACAACUUUCCAAUCUAUGUGCCGCAAGAUAUGCGACACGUUGUUCCCCGAAUUGAUCCGUUAGGUCUCGAGCUGGUCCAGAGCAUGUUACGACUUCAGCCGGACUUGCGCAUCAGUGCUGUGGAUGCGUUGCGUCACCCAUGGUUCGACGAUCUUCCUGGUGCUAGGCCGGUCUCAUAA